UUUGUGUUUCACGUCGCUGCGUUUUAAUUUUCACGCAAAGCAACUUGAGACUAUACUGGAUGGUCAUGAUGAAGAUCUCCGCCGUCCUCGCCGUCUCCGUCCUCACCGUCUGUCACCUGUACAGCUCACACGCAGCACCGCUCAGACCUGUAUUAGACUCUCUAUCAGACCGAGUGGUUCUGAGUGAUUAUGAAGCUCGCAGGUUACUGAACGCCAUCGUUAAAGAGUUCGUGCAGAUGACAGUGGAAUCGGAUCAGAGGACUGACAGCAACAGCGAGGGCAGAGUGCUGGCGAAACGCUGCUCCAGCCUCAGCACCUGCGUCCUCGGAAAGCUUUCACAAGAGCUGCACAAAUUACAGACGUUCCCGCGGACUGACGUUGGCGCGGGCACGCCUGGCAAGAAACGCAGCGCCGACUACGAGGAAACGCUCGAUCUCGCCUAAACCCCUGCACCCUCCGCCCCUCCUCCUCCUCCCUCCUUCUGUCCUUUACCUGUCUGAUUCCUGUUGCAUGUGGAUUUCCUGCCUGAUUGACUGAUCUCACCUUCCACACACACACACACACACACACACACACACUGUAAUUUUUGUCCGUGAAUGAGUACCUUUCCGCAGAGAGUGUGGCUCUGUGCCAAACGUAGUGUUCUUACCAGAACGUCAGAUAUUUUAAGGCUCCGUCCCGAACGCUAGAAUGCGCAGAAAUGGAGCGUUAUUCUUCGUCAGUGACUAACAACCAAUCAGAGAGAAGGGGAGGGACUAACACAUGCUUCCUACAUUGCAUCGUUUAAAUUUCUGCUCAUGUGACAUCACAGGGUGAUGAGAGCAUUAACAGACACUGUGAUUGGCUAGCGUCUCUCCGAGAGAAUCAGAAGAUAAAAUAAAAUAGUUGCCAUGGUUACGCAUAACAAUUAAGUCGCUAAUAACUAGCGGAAAGCUCAUAACGUAGCCUCAGCGUGUAACUGAGUCUAAUAGAAAUAUUAAAUCAACACCUUAUACAAGAUUCUUUCUCACUGCAGUGGGUGGAGACAUAAUGAUAUUAAACAAAUGAAGUUAGCAAAACAGAGACAAAUCCCGCCCACUUUCCCUCGAGAAAGUAUUUUAUUUUUAUCUGUAACGUAACUCUCGAGGCCGUUCGUGUCUUUCGUCUGUCUGUGAGGGUCAUGUGACCUUAUGAACUGCUGAUUAGCUAAUUCUCUGAUUAGCACGGUGCAAAGACGGGUCGCGUUGUGUCCGUUUGCGUUGCCGUCUCUCUGUCGUUAGGGUUAUAUAGCGGAUUCUCUCUGAUGCUAGCCUUCGGGACGUAGCCUGUGACUGAGUGCUGCGUUUCUGUAAGCGAGUCGCGAGGAGGCUGACGAGCAACGAGAAACACUCUGUACCCUAAUCAGGGGUUUUAGUUUAAUAAACUUAUUUUUCUAUCAGGAAGCUGCUUUACUUUCAUUUAUUUAAGUGACACA